AUGAACGAUUACAACGCUUGCCAAAUAGACUACAGAGAAAGAUGCAAAGGCCGUAUACAACGACAACUGGAGAUCACUGGUAGGACUACUACCAACGAAGAGUUAGAAGACAUGUUAGAAUCUGGCAAUCCCGCUAUCUUUACACAAGGGAUCAUAAUGGAGACUCAGCAGGCUAAACAAACGUUAGCAGAUAUUGAGGCUCGACAUGCAGAUAUCAUAAAGUUAGAGAAUAGUAUUAGAGAACUUCACGAUAUGUUUAUGGAUAUGGCUAUGUUAGUUGAAAGCCAGGGAGAAAUGAUUGAUCGAAUAGAAUACAAUGUAGAAGCCGCCGUUGAUUACAUAGAAACUGCAAAAGUGGAUACAAAGAAGGCGGUAAAGUAUCAGAGUAAAGCCAGACAGAAAAAAAUCUGCAUCAUAGUCAUCGUCACUGUUGUGUUAGCAAUCAUUCUUGCUCUUAUUAUAUGGCAACUUUCAUCAUAA